GACGUGUAUCCAUGGUAACCACUGUGGCUACACUAGGUCCGGUCCUCUCUCCACGCAUCCUGUUACCUUUUCUGAAAGAAACAGCCGAAGAUGUGACCGCAGCGACCUGUGGAGAAAUACAAGAAUAAAAGCGAAACAAACUAAAUAGUUUUAGCUCGUGAGCUUCAUGACGCCCUCACAGAGAACUCGAUAUGGAGGCGAAGCGGCGCGCGACACUAAAGGGAGAAUGGCAGUCCCGUUGUUUAAGCGUGCUGUCGGGGUCCCGCAGCCAUGGCCCAUUCACCCCCACCAUACGCGACAGGGCCUUAGAUCCCACUUCCCUCUUCCUCAGCUCCCUCUCUUCCACACACGCCAUGCAGAAGAGAGCGCAGAGAGGCCCCAUCUGGUUACCAUCAUCCGGCCCUGUGGUCAAAGCACACUACGCAAGGUAACAGUCCUCUUGAACCGUAGAGGGGUGGUGUCCUUCGAGCAGCUGCUAUUGGAUAUAUCUGAGGCGUUGGGUUUUCCUCGCUGGCACAGAGCCAGAGUCACACGCUUGUACACAACCCACGCACGAGAGGUGAAAGGUGUAUGUGAUUUCUUUCGGGGCGAGGUGGCAUUCCUGGCGGUGGGGAAGGCUCGUCCAGAGCUGAGCGAUGUGCAGGAGGCUCUGGAGGAGCUGUUUCCAGAUCAUUCCCAUUACCGAGCUGAUGCACUACAGGCCUGGGAGAAAAGACUUCGUCCAGCGCCAGAUAAAGCAGCAAAGGCUGACAGUGGAUACAGUGAGGGGACAGACACUAGCAAGACUCACACUAACCAAGAGACUCACCAGGACACAAAUGCACAUGUCAUAAAACAUGCUAUUACUCACAGAAGUACUCAGCCGCCUCACUAUUUAGACACACACCAGCCUGAUGAUUACAAGUCAGAAGCACGGAAGUGUCAUAAAAUGAAUUCAUGCAGAAAACCUGCUCACCUGCCCAACCACCUGCAAAGACUGUGUGUGAAGGGCGGAGUCAGAGCGCGACAGCCUCCUGUCAUUGGUCCAUUUAAACGUGAGGAAAGUCUUAGAGAAGCAGACAUAUCCCCUCCUACACUGUGUGAAGACUGCUUAGCAAGGAGAGUUAAACAUGAGGUACCAGAGCGGCUCAAUCUACUGUCAGGGAAGGUCCCACUUCCUCCUGUGUCGAGGAAGCAAAAAGGAAGUUCAUAUACAGAACAGGAAGUGAGAAAAUUGUACGUUCACCUCAGCCCUACACCUCCUCAGCCAAUCAGCAGACAUGAGGAGAAGAGUGUUGCACAAUUAAUUUCAAAUUUACUUCCAAAUGUGGGUAAAGUACACAAGGAGAUUCAGCAUAGGACGAGCUUUGACCUUCCCUCAGAUGACAGUAGUGUCACCUUGGCAGAUAUCGAGCAUUUUUAUGAAAUAGGACGCGUGGUUGGAGAUGGCAACUUUGCGGUAGUGCGAGAGUGUUGUCGUCGCGACAACAAACAAACCCUCGCCGUGAAGAUUGUUGAACGCUCCAAGCUGAUUGGUCGAGAGCACAUGAUGCAGAACGAGCUGAGCCUUCUGGGUAGCCUCUGUCACCCACGCAUAGUGCGGCUGUUGGCGCACCACCACACACACACUCACUCCUACCUGGUAAUGGAACUGGUGAGCGGGGGGGAUCUGUUUGAGGCCAUCAGUGAGAGGGGGAAGUUUCCAGAGGGCGAAUCAGGACUGAUGGUGUCAGAUGUGAGCGAAGCACUGAACUACAUCCACUGCAAAAGUAUUGUCCACCGAGACCUCAAACCAGAAAACCUACUGAUAGAGCAUAUGGCUGCUGGCAUCUGUAGGCUGAAGUUGGCAGACUUUGGUCUUGCCAUGGUUGUGACUGAACCUGUCUUCACUAUAUGUGGCACACCCACGUAUGUAGCCCCAGAGAUUCUCUGUGAGACAGGUUAUAGUGUUGCGGUGGACGUUUGGGCUCUGGGUAUUAUUCUCUAUAUCUUGCUGUGUGGAUUUCCCCCAUUUCGCAGUCGGGAUCGGGACCAGGAAGAGCUGUUUCAACUCAUAAAACAGGGACAACUCCACUUCUUGUCCCCCUACUGGGACCCCAUCUCAGAAGAAGCCAGAGGCCUUGUCAGAGCUCUGCUUCAGCCAGAUCCCACAGUGAGGCUGACAGCAGAGCAGACCUUGAUGCAUCCCUGGGUGAAGGCUAUGGCUUCUAUUUGCAGGCAGAGGGCGCUCACAGACACAACUCAGAGGGACACAGCAGCUACUGGUGCAGAACCAGACAAGUCCAGACUAGUCCAGAGACUUAUUCAGACCAAUGCAGCCAAAACAGUGCCAGACAAAACACCAGGUCAAACCAGCAGCGAGGGAGAGGUCACACAGAAAGGGUUCAGCGCUAAGAUGAACACAGGAAGAGGACAAGAUGAAGACAAUCCACCACGGCAACUUUCAAAAGAGACAAGCACAGCUAACACCUUAUCGCCACAGAUUAAAGUGUACACAGAGGCUAAACCUGGUCAACAGAAACCUGAGUACAUCUCUACAGAUUCUGGCUCACCAAGCAGGGAGCCAAGCAGGCCAGAAAUACAGGAUCCAGGUCCCACAGACUUGCAUUAUGGGAUCCCAGCAAGCCAGAGUGAGCUUCUAUCCCAGAUUAAAACACAAUCAAAACAAAACAGACAACAGCAAUCCCCUCCAUAUUCAAUGCCUUCCAUCAAUACAGCGCAAAAAACCACAGUGGAUCGCUCAACACAACACCAUCCAUCCUCCAACCCAGCAGCUUCUUCAUCUCACUCUCUGCAUCAGCAAAACCUCACACCUCCCCUUCACAACCCGACCACGGCCGACACCCAAAACCACCUCGCCCAAGACCAGGACCUGAAGGUUCACACUACCACCACCCAUCCACCCACAGAGUCUCGACCUCGCUGUCAAUCUCCUGUUUAACCGUGUGAUUAGAUCAGCAUCAUCACUGUCAUUGUUCCAGACAAUACCCCUGAUUUCCUGGCAGCUGAUCCUUGACUGACCUGCAGAUGAUCUGAUUUACUCUCUUGGGAUUGAAUAGGGUCUGAUUAAUAAGGCUAGAUAUAUCUCAUACAUGUGUGUAAUCCAUGUAUCCGGCAAUCACAAAUAAUGAGAUGAUGUGUAUUAAUGACUAAGGUAAGAGUUAAUCAAGCAGGAUGUAAUCUGGAUAUAAACAUAUUUGCUGUUUGUCGUUGUUCAUAAUGGCGUGGUGUAUUCAUGAAAAUACUUUUUUGUAGUACAUUUCUGAAGUGUUUUUGUUUCAGUUGUUUAUUUUCCUGCCAGCCAUGUUUAACUUAGAUAUGUUACGCCAUUCCCACUGUAACUAUUUUGGAUUGAUUGUGUGAUGACAGCGACCCAUCCUCCUUGUUUGUACCCUUCUCCGUCUGUGCUAGGAUCUUCAGCUGGCAACAUUUGUUUACUAAACAAAAAAUAUCUGUACCAAUAACUUUUCAUUUGAAUCCUGGUUAACGUUUGCUAUAUUUACUAAACUUUUGAAUGCCAUCUUUCUGAAAAUGUGCUUACUUAUUUUGUAUUGGUAUUGUUUGGAAACAAACUACUGCUGAUUGUAAUGAAUACUCUUGACACUGUAAACGUGUGAUGAUGAUCAGUCUGUGGCAAUAUUUGAACAAAUUAAAGUUUGAUAAGAUCCAUGGGUAAUAGUUAGAGUUGUCCAGCAUUCAGGACAGAGCAUGUGACCACAUACUGUUACUGGCU